CCGUCCCUCCCUAUCUCCAUCCCAAUCCCCCUCCCCUCCAUCCUUUCCCUCCCUCCCGGCCCAUCCCGGUCCCUCCCGGGGCGGAGCAGGAGCGGAGCGGGCGGUGCCGGGCGGGCAGCGCGGCGGCUCCGCGGGCGCGGGGCAGCGCGGAGCGGCCAGGCUGGGCUCGCCUGGGCUCGGCACGGCUCCGCCCGGCCCGGCUCGGGCCGCCUGCAUGCGGCGGCGGCGGCGGCGGGGCUGCCGGCAGGGAUGAACGGCUCCUCGGCGGGGCUCCCGGCGGGGCUGAGCGGAUCCCUGGGGGCUCCGGCAGGACUGAACGGAUCCCUGGCAAUGCCGGCGGCCCCGAACGGCUCCUCGGCGGCGGCGGCGGGGCUGCUGGCGGGGGCCGGGGGCGCGGCGCUGGAGCUGGAGCGGGCGCUGCGCUGCUGCACCGCCGCCUCCGUGGUGACCGACGGCAGCGGCGCGGCGGCCGACGAGCGCAGCCUGUACAUCAUGCGCGUGGUGCAGAUCGCCGUCAUGUGCGUGCUGGCCCUCACCGUGGUGUUCGGCAUCUUCUUCCUCGGCUGCAACCUCCUCAUCAAGUCCGAGGGCAUGAUCAACUUUCUGGUCAAGGAGCGCCGCCCGUCCAAGGAGGUGGAGGCGGUGGUGGUGGGGCCGUACUGACCGCGGCGCCGAGCCCGGGCUGCCCGCCGGACUGACCGACGGACCGACAGCCGGACUGACCGACCGCCGGACUGACUGACCGUCCGCAGCCCUCCCGCGGACACGCGGGGUCCGCCCGGAGCUUUUCCUACUCAGAAACCCCAGGCGAAUGGAUGCCGGCGUGCCGGAGGUCGGGAGAUGCUCGGGGUGGCCGGAGCCGCCCAUCCCGGCCCAUCCCGGCCCGGUCCGGUCCCGCCGCCCGCGGCUGCCGAAGUAAAGCGUGCUCUGAUGGCAACA